GUGGGGGGUAGACUAAGCAAUGUCAAAACUUUACCAAUUGAUAAAAAAUUUCCCAUCUUGUUGCCCAAACAUUACAUAACCGAAUUAAUAAUACAAGAUAUACACCAAAGCCUACUACAUGCGGGGCAAUUAGGUACUCUUGCGCAAAUGCGCUUAAAAUAUUGGCCGAUUUCUGGCAGGCGUCAAGUUCGCAAGGUAAUUGGUAAAUGCUUAAAAUGUUAUAGGACCAAUCCAAAACCUUACAGUCAAAUUAUGGGAAAUCUUCCCGAAGAGCGGAUAAUGCCCUCACGUCCCUUUUCCAAGGUGGGGGUUGAUUUCGGUGGUCCUUUAUUAAUUAAAGAAGGCCGCGGAAAAGGGAAAAGAACCACUAAGUCCUAUAUUUGCCUUUUUAUUUGUUUAAGUACAAAGGCAGUACAUCUCGAACUGGUAGGCGACCUGACAUCCGACUCAUUUCUUAGUGCCCUGAAACGAUUAAUUUCGCGCCGCGGAAAUAUCUCUUUCGUUCUUAGUGACAAUGCCACUAACUUUGUAGGCGCGAGAAAAGAGCUUCAACAAUUAUUUAAAAACGAGAAUUUUAAAAAUAAACUGGCAAACGAAAAUAUCAUGUGGAAAUUUAUUCCUCCUCGAGCCCCAAACUUUGGUGGUAUCUGGGAGGCUGGUAUUAAAUCAGUGAAAAAUCACAUUAAGCGCGUAAUCGGCGAAAAUCACCUUACGUAUGAGGAGAUGUACACGCUGUUGGUCAGAAUUGAAGCGGUACUAAACUCACGCCCCUUGACGCCAUUAUCGAACGAUCCGAAUGAUCUCUCGGCCCUUACGCCUGGCCAUUUUUUAAUCGGGCAUCCGCUAACCGCCCCCGUAGAAAAGGAUCACACCGCCAUUUCGUCCAAUAGGCUGUCUCGCUGGCAGCUGAUUGAGGCCUGCCGCCAGCAUUUCUGGAGACGUUGGUCAAAGGAGUAUUUGACUACGAUGCAGAGCAGGGCCAAGUGGCAUCACACAUCCGCCAAAGUUCCGGAAGUUGGUACAUUGGUGGUACUAAAGGACGACAAUCUACCGCCGUUACAGUGGCCGCUGGGGCGUAUUACUCAAUUACAUCCUGGAAACGACGGCCUGGUGCGUGUAGUGUCAGUGCGGCAUAAAGGUGGUGUAGUUAAACGUGCAAUUACGAAAGUGUGUGCGUUGCCAAUUGAUUAAUAUUAAUCAAUCCAUGAUCUAUAUUCCAGAAAUCUGGACAUUCCUAUUCAUUUCUACUUGUGUCUAUAAUUUGCUUGCUUUCUUUGCACUUUUGUUUAUCUGUAUGAUCUGUGUAAAAUAUUAUAUGCAUAUAUUCUGUAUUUCGAAACACUUCUAUUGUUUCAAGGUGGGGGGUUAUGUGAGAGCCAAUGACCAGGGGGUGCCUGUUUUUACCCCCUCCGCCUUCACGGGCUUGGUCGGGCCACCACCGGCCUUGAAACGGAGAGUUGAUCUGUAUCCUUCCGAUAAUAAACACCAAAUAUUUAUCUCGCAUUCCGCUGCUCUUAUUUAACAAUCAAACACAACAUACAACUUA